AUGUUCUUCAACAAAGACAACAGCAUCCGAAGGUUUGCGACAUGGCUGGCCAGACAAGCUUGGUUCGACUUGAUCGUCUACAACUCUAUAUUUCUCAGUUGUGUCCUCUUGACCCUCACACCUCCAGCUCCUGACAUCCACCUCAUCACCGAUUUUCCGAACGUCAUCUCAGCCUCCGUGUCCCGUGCCCUCACCUGGUUUCUCAACAUUAUCUUCACUCUGGAGUUCUCAGUUCGCGCGAUGGAGCACGGGCUGGUGUUCACCAAGAAGGCCUACUUCAAAGACGGCUGGAACCUGCUCGACUUCCUGGUGCUCUCCCUCAGCUGGAUAGAUGAGACCGGCUGGUUUCAGAAAGGCAACACCGGCAAGGUCAUCCGCCUUGCUAGAGCCCUGAGGCCGCUGAGGCUGAUGAAGAGGAACGAGGGGCUCAGGCUGGUGAUAGAUGCUCUCCUCCGAACCCUGACUCCUGUGCUCUACGUCAUCAUCUUCACCAUCUUCACCUUCAUGGUGUUCGGCCUCAUAGGCAUGGGUCUCUUCGGCGGCAAGUUCAAGUCCUGCAGCGACCCGUCAGUCGCCUUUCCUCAAGGCAAGGCAGACUGCCUCGGCUGGUUCCUCAUCGAUAACGGGGUUGCGGUCCCCUCCUCCUGGCGGAACCCUCGUUUCGACUUCGACACUUUUGGCAACUCGGUGCAGACUCUGUUCCAGGUGAUGACAUUCAAGUACGUCAACGUGAUCUACCAGGCCAUGGACGUGACAGACGUCGACCAGAGCCCUCAGGUGAACUACAGCGUGUACAACGGCUUGUUCUUCGUCGUCUACCUCAUCAUCGGCGGGUUGUUUGUGAGUGUAUUGAGCUGA